AUGUCUGUAAAGCAGUGGAGACACUUCACUUUUUUCGAUGUUCAACAGAUAAAGGAUCAUGAUUCAACAAAGCCGCCUGCGAUUUUUCAAAAAACCGACAUAACAGUGAGAUAUGUUCAUAUUGUAGACCGAUCCUUUAAUGUACAAUCAUUUAUAGCCUAUGAAGGUGGACGAGUAACACAUAUGAAGCAAAUAAAACAAAAGAAUAUCUUAUUAACAGUCGGAGAAGAAGAUUUUCCGAUCUUUCCGAUCAUAAAAAUAUGGGAUCUCGAUAAACAAGAUAAAUCCAAAGGGAUUCCUAUUUGUCUGCGAACCAUCAAGGUUAACCAUGGGGGAAAACCUUUUCCUGUAUCAACAAUAGCUGUAUUAGAUAAUUUAUCUCAAAUAGCUGUUGGUUUGGCCAAUGGUGUAGUCGUGUUGAUAAGAGGCGACCUCAAAGAACGUCAUACCAAACAAAAGGUUAUUCAUGAAAGCGAUGAACCUGUUACGGGCCUUGGAUUUAAGGAAAACAACAAGAACACUAUCUUAUUUAUAGUCACAAUAAAUAAGGUUUUAACUUGUAUUACACCAAUUAAAAGUCAGCCCAUUAUUAUUGACGAACAAGGUUGUGCUUUGGGUUGUGCAGUAAUUAGUGACAUCACACACGAAAUGGUUGUUGCCAAAGAUGAGGGAAUUUAUUUUUACGGAACUGAAGGACGAGGAGCAUGUUUUGCCUAUGAAGGCACAAAAUCAGAGGUGAUUUGGUUCAAAUCGAAUCUUAUCAUAGUAUCACCACCUGCUCAGUCAACGCGUUAUACGUCCACUACUCAUACUGGAUCAUCUAAUCAGAAAAAUACUUCUCCUUUUGAAUUAACAAAAGUUACCAUAUUUGAUACUGCUAACAAAUUUAUUGCUUACGUGGGAACUUUCUCUCACGGAAUACGGACAAUUUGUUGCGAAUGGGGUGGUAUUUAUAUUCUAGGAAUGGACGGAAAGUUAUAUCGUCUUGAAGAAAAGGAUACACCGACCAAACUUGAAAUAUUAUUUAAGAAAAAUCUAUAUUUGCUUGCAAUCAAUCUUGCGCAUAGCCAGAAAUAUGAUGAUGCAAGCAUUUCGGAAAUUUUUAAGAAAUAUGGCGAUCAUUUAUAUAGCAAGGCGGAUUAUGAUAGCGCAAUGGCUCAAUACAUUCGUACCAUUGGACAGCUUGAACCAUCGUACAUUAUUCGAAAGUUUUUGGAUGCUCAACGUAUACACAAUCUUGUAAAUUAUCUUCAAGAGUUACAUUCCCAUGAUUUAGCAACUCCAGAUCAUACAACAUUGUUACUCAAUUGUUACACAAAACUUAAAGAUGUUGCGAGAUUGGACCAAUUUAUUAAGACGGACAAUAAACUCAAUUUUGACUUGGAGACAGCUAUUAAAGUAUGUCGACAAGCCGGAUAUUAUGAACAUGCUGUUUACUUAGCAAAGUUGGGCGAAGAACAUGAUUUAUAUCUGAAAAUACAGAUUGAAGAUACUAAAGAUUAUCAAAAUGCAUUGGAGUAUAUACGCAAUCUUGGAUCACUCGAGGCAAAUCGAAAUUUGCAAAAAUAUGGAAAAAUUCUUCUCAACCACCUUCCGGAACCUACAACUAAACUUCUUAUUGAUUUAUGUACUGGCGACUUAUAUUUAACGGCGCAGAAUCCACAUACUCCCGAACCAGUUGGUCCUACAGAAGUAUCACAUCCUGGUGGCAUCCCCUAUCCCUCAUUUCUGCAAUUUGCUCAUGCUUCACCAGCUCCAUCACUAAACGCAGAAACACAAGCAAAUAUAACAGCGGUUAAUACUCCAAAAGAACCAAAAACUGUUGCGUAUAAACCGCCACCAGUUCGCACUUUCAUGUCAUUAUUUGUAGACCAACCAAACUACUUAAUACAGUUUCUUGAGAAAGUUUCUCAAAAACGUUGGGGCGGUUUCGGCUCUAUUAAACCUUCACAACCAGCUCAUAAUCUUUCUUUAGCUAAGGGACAAUAUGUUCCUAUUGAUAAUAUUGCAGAUGAAGCAGCUGAGUCUUCAAAGAGUUUUUUUGAAUCCGACGCAGAAAUUGAAGAGAAGAAAGCAGUAUGGAAUACACUACUGGAGCUUUAUCUAUCUGAGGCAUAUUUACCCCCUGUAAUUUCAACUAAAGAUGCUAAAGGAAGAAAAAAUGGUGCACCUGGUAUUUUUGGUGUUACGACAGAAACUGAACGCGUAAAAGAAAAAUUGAUUAGAAAGGAUAAAGCUUUACAAUUGUUGAUGGAUGAAGAUAUUUCAUAUGAUGCGAAUCAAGCGCUGGUACUUUGUUAUUUAGCACAGUUUGAUGAGGGUAUUAUUUAUUUAUAUGAAAAGAUGAAGAUGUAUGAAGAUAUUCUAAGGUUCUACAUGGCCAAAGAUAAUACCGAAAAAGUAAUUCAGGCAUUGAAAAAAUAUGGACCUCAAGAUCAAUCUCUUUAUCCCCUCACAUUGACAUAUUUUUCAUCUUCACCAGCGACUUUGGCAACUUCAACAACUGAACUUUUAAAAAUACUUGACCACAUUGAAUCUCAUAACUUAUUGCCACCUUUACAAGUUGUACAGGCUCUUAGUAGAAAUUCUGUAGCAACGUUGGGUAUGGUUAAAGGUUAUUUAGGAAAAAGAAUCGAAUUAGAAAAAAAAGAAGCUCAAGCGGAUAUGAAACUAAUACAAAGUUAUCGUGAAGAAACUGAAAAAAAGAGAAAAGAGAUUGAUGAUUUGAAGACGACAGCCCGAAUUUUCCAAGUUACAAAAUGUACUGGAUGUAGAAGCAAUCUCGAUUUACCUGCCGUACAUUUCUUAUGUCGACAUUCGUUUCAUCAAAGAUGUCUACCCGAUUCUGAUCGUGAAUGUCCACAAUGUGCUGUUCAACAUCGUAUGAUUUCCGAGAUAAGAAGAGCUCAAGAAGAAAAUGCUGAAAAGCAUGAAUUAUUUUUUGAACAGUUAAAAGAAGCAGAAGAUGGCUUUAGUGUUAUCGCAGAUUACUUUUCCAAGAAUACAAUGGCUUUUGCUAAAUUAAUUGACUAG